AUGCCUACUUCCAACAACUCCCUCGAAUUUGUUAUGGACAAGCACUGUAAAAUGGUCAGUCACAGCGGUUCUGCAGACCAAACCCAGUUUUCUGGAAUUGCUUUUGACCCCUUGUGCGAUUUCAACCAAGAGAUUGUUGACGAAAUGCAUGGAGAAGUUGUACUCCGAUCUGUGACAGAUGUCUUUGUCAACCAUGCCAAUAUGAAAUGGACCCGUACCUCGGUUGGAAACCCAGCAGUCACGAACCUCUUAAGUCUCAGAAGUUUUUUGCCAACUGAAGUCAACGAGGCCACCACCAAAACCAUUGUUGCACAGAAGCCAAAGACGAAUCUGCUGGAGAAGGUCAACCCUAAUUCUGUUCCCACUGCAGAAAGCAUAGGUCGAGGUUUGUACCAAAAGUACAACCAAAACCAGGUGAACAAGCUCUUCUCCUUGGUUUUCUCGGAAAACCAGACUGCUGCUGCCGCUGCCAGAGAAAUGGGGAUCAAUGUCUGGACUGCCCAGAACUAUGUCAGGCUGGCCAGAGAGAAGAUUCAGGCCGAUUUUGAUGUUGCCACAGUGGAGACUGAUGAGUCCAAUGGAGUUGUUCCAGGCGCACUCUGCUUUUUUUUGAAGUUUUUCGAAAAUAAACCAGAUGCUACCUUGGAACAAGGAAGGGUAGCUGUCAUGGAAGAGUUCUCUGGGCUGCAGAUUACCAAAUCAGCAAUCCAGAAGCACUUGGUAAAGAAGUGUGCCCUGACGAUGAAGAAGUUGGAGAAGCUGCCUGAGAAGAGAUACGACGUCAGCACAAUUGAGAUGAGACAAGACUGCAUUUUGGAGUGGCAACAACUUGCGGAUUUCAACUAUCUGUCGAACUGUGUGUUCAUCGAUGAAGCAGGCUUCAACAUGCACAUCAAGAGAACUUUUGGCCGUUCCGUCAGUGGCACCCCGGCUAAGACAACUGUCCCAAUGCAGAGAGGUGCGUCCAUCACUAUCCUAGGUGCAAUGUGCAAGAGAGGAAUUGUCAGCCUCUCGUUGAAGAAACCUACUGCAGUCGCAACCAAGAAGAAGAGAAAGUUGGACAUCUACACUAACGUUGAGGUGAAUGGCCAAAUUGGCACCAGAACCCAGCACUACCUCGACUUUCUUAGUCAUACAAUGGACGUUCUGGACAGCCAGAGUAUGCAAGGACAUUAUCUCAUCAUGGAUAACGCUCCUAUCCAUAAGGCUGAUGAGGUGAAAGACUUUAUUUCUUCCCGUGGGUUAAAAGGGGGGGAGCAAAUUCAGAUGGCAAUGAGAGCAAAUUCAGUUGGCAAUGGACGCAAAUUAAAUUUCUAUAAAAGCCAAUCAGAUGUCAAUGGGUUCUAA